AUGAAUUCAACUAAAGUAGUUUGCGCACUACAUAAACACAUUCCUUUGAUAAAAUUUAUUGGUCCAAGAAGUAAACUCUCACACGGUACAACCAAAACAGCAUUACAUCCCGCGGCGCCAAAAGGAGCCACGUUACCUGAUACCUCUAAAGCAAAAAACCUGUCAACAAUUCAACGAGAUACUUCGAAAGUAACAACUCAAAAACAAUCAUCAAUCAUAAAAUCUGAAAUCAUUGAUUAUUCGCAGUUACCCGAAAAAUACAAGCGAAAGGGUCCAACUCCGGAAGAAAUUGCUGCAAUAGAAACACGCGCCAUUCUCAUUAUUAGAUCCUCGGACGAAGAAAAAAAAUUGACGUGA